CACUGUAUAUGUAGAGGUGUUUUAGAUUUUGAAGCUCCUCGGCCGACGUGAAGGAAUCCACACCGGGUCGUUUCAAACUCUUCCCCCUCCCUUGGUAACUUGCACACCCCUGAUUCGCGUCUCACAUUCAACUCUCAAGCGCCCAUGCCACCUUCUCCAACCUAAACCCCCAUCAACAACGCCAGUGAUGGGUCGAAGAAAGCAACUCCGGCCGCAUAGGUCAGGGGGGAUAGUGGAAAAAUGCGAGAGCGAUGGGCGCAUUUUGGACGAGCGAAAUGCUUCCGAAGACUCACAAAAGGACGAGGCAGUUGAUGUUGACGCUCCGUUGUUCGUUGAAGUUGAUAGAAGUAGCUGGGGUUCAAACGAACACUUUGAUAUUUCGGAAGUUCUUUUGAAGGAUUUGAAUUUAAGCGGAGAUUUUUCCGGUUACAAAUUGAAUGAGAGUUUUUACCAAGAUUCAAAGUAUUCUUUGAGGUUUAGAUUGUGCAAUGUUGGUGAGUUUGUUGUUCGUAUGGGGUUUGGCCAUCUGCCUGUAUUGCCAGCUAGUUAUAUACGCUUGGAAUUCAUAGAAAGGCGUACGUGUGAGGACACAGUGAUGGAUGCUGUGAUAGUGUCAGGGAGUUUUGAUGGACCGGAUGAAGGUGUUUCCAGUCUUGUUCACUUACUUGGUCAAAAGUUUGUGGCGUUGAGGCCAGUUGUAGGGUUUACAUUUUCGGAGGAAAUGGCAUCUCUACCGGUGAGAGUGGAGAUACUUAAGAGUGCAUUUGAUGCCUGUGAUUCUCUUGUGGACACUGCAAGGCAGCCUUGGAAGAAAAGUAUGAGGAGUGUCAUGGCUUGGCUGCGCCCCGAAGUUAUGACUUCAGAGGCUAGAUAUGGAUCUAGUGAGUCAACGGAACGGGAGCUCAGUUCAGGUAAUGCGAUGAACAACGAUUCAACAAUCCCCAGGGAAAGGGCCAGGUUUGAUGCUGCUGGAUUUUAUGAAGCCAUCAAGCCAUCAAAGGUGGACCCCAUGUUGGAAGAUAGCACACCUGACUUGCUUCCGGAGCUUAGACCAUAUCAACGCAGAGCAGCUUACUGGAUGGUACAACGAGAAAAGGGAGAUUCUGCCUGUUCAAAUGAAACUGGAAGAAGUCAGUUCUUGUCUCCUCUAUGUAUUCCAGUGAAUUUUAUUGAUACAAGUUCAACAAUGUUCUACAAUCCACUGAGUGGAAAUGUUUCAUUGCAUCCGGAAUGCCCUUCAUCAUAUGUCUUUGGUGGUAUUCUUGCUGAUGAGAUGGGAUUGGGGAAAACAAUUGAGCUCCUUGCUUGCAUCUUUGCUCAUCGGAAGUCAACAUCUGAAUGUGGCAAUAUUGAUAAUGUGAUGGAAAUUACUGAGGACCAGAAAUUUAUCCUGAAAAGGUUGAAAAGAGAGCGUAUUGAGUGCAUAUGUGGAGCUGUGAGCGAAAGCUCUAGAUAUGAAGGCUUAUGGGUGCAAUGUGAUAUCUGUGAUGCUUGGCAACAUGGAGAUUGUGUGGGUUAUUCAACUCGAGGAAAAAUUCCCAAAUCCAGAGAAGACUCCAAAGGACAAGGAUGUAAAGAUAAACAGACCGAGAACUAUCGAAAGCGCAUGAGAAGGAAAAAUGGUUUCAAAUCAGUUGAGAUGGAAGGGGAUCAUAUCUGUCAGCUGUGCUUGGAACUUAUUCAAGCCACUGAUGCUCCGGUUGCUACUGGUGCAACUCUUAUAGUAUGUCCGUCUCCUAUUUUGCCCCAAUGGCAUGCUGAAAUUACUCGUCAUACAAAUCCAGGAUCCUUGAAAACUUGUGUUUAUGAAGGUGUUCGAAACACUUCGCUUACAUAUACAUCACGGAUAGACAUUACUGAACUUCUCGGUGCUGACAUCGUUUUAACAACAUAUGAUGUGCUUAAAGAGGACUUAUCACAUGACGCUGAUAGGCAUGAAGGAGACCGUCGCAUGAUGAGAUUUCAGAAGAGAUACCCUGUUAUCCCAACUCCCCUCACUAAAAUAUUCUGGUGGAGAAUUUGUCUGGAUGAGGCUCAAAUGGUAGAAAGCAAUGCUUCCUCUGCGACAGAAAUGGCACUGCGGCUUCAUGCUAAGUACCGGUGGUGUAUUACAGGGACUCCUAUACAACGCAAGCUUGACGACUUAUAUGGGCUCUUGAGGUUUCUUAAAUCAAGUCCAUUCAAUGUUCUUAGGUGGUGGAUUGAAGCUAUACGAGAUCCAUACGAGAGAGGAGACAUUGGAGCUAGGAGAUUCACGCACAAUUUCUUUAAGCAAAUAAUGUGGCGUUCUUCAAAAGUACACAUUGCUGAAGAGCUACGGCUUCCUCCCCAGGAUGAGUGUCUCACUUGGCUCUCUUUCUCACCGAUUGAAGAGCACUUUUACAAGAGGCAGCAUGAAACUUGCGUGGACCAUGCUCGUGAAGUAAUUGAGAGUUUCAGAGACGACAUUCUCAAACGAAAAAUCACAGGUUCCGUGCCAUCUGAUGCUGCAUCUGAUCCUUUUCUCACCCAUGUGGAGGCUGCAAAACUGUUAAACACACUCUUGAAGCUUCGGCAGGCCUGCUGCCAUCCUCAAGUGGGAAGUUCAGGGCUGCCUUCUUUGCAACAGUCUCCCAUGACCAUGGAGGAGAUAUUAUCUGUUCUUGUGGGCAAGACCAAGGUAGAAGGGGAGGAAGCACUCAGGAAAUCAGUUGUUGCAUUGAAUGGGCUGGCAGGAAUUGCUAUAAUCAAGCAAGAUUUUUCACAAGCAGUAUUGCUGUACAGAGAAGCUCUAGCUUUAGCUGAGGAGCACCGUGAUGAUUUCCGCUUGGACGCCUUGUUAAACAUUCAUAUUCAUCACAAUCUUGCUGAGAUACUCCCACUGACCCCCGAAUACUUUCAGCAUUUGCAUUCAGAUGACCGGUGCCCUGAAAUCGUAAAAGCUAAGUCCUCCAGGAUUGAUGGUGUUGAAAAAUAUGAUGGGAAAAGAGAGAAAAUAAGAGGGAAAGACUCCUCAGAUAUGAAUGUUGACACUGAUAGUUUACCCGAAUUUGCUUCUGCCCCUAAAGCUAAUAGAUCAAAGCGUGACAAAGAAUGUGAUGAUAACACCCACAUACAUUCCAGAUUGUCUUGUGAUCAAUGUUUGAGAAUGGCGUGCGAGAAUCUGAAACAAAAGUUCUUAUCUGUGUUCAACACGAAGCUAUCCCUGGCUCAGCAAGAGUUCAGAAAGCCACAUGCUCAGGUUUGUAAUGCAUUCAGCGAUAGAAAAAAUCAGCACGCAGUUUGGUGGUUGGAAGCCCUUCAUCUCAUUGAACAGAACACUGACUCCUCAAGUGAAUUGGUCACAAAGAUUGGAGAAGCUGUCUCCGGUACUUUAAAUGCUUCAAGGACAUCAAAAAUUGCACCAUGGUUUCAAAGCAUAACAGCUCUGAAAUAUUACAUCCAGACUGGUUUGGAUUCACUGGAAGAUUCUAGGAAAACUUUACUUGAGAGACUUCUGGAAAUUGAUGAGACAAUGGGAAAUCCAAGAGAGGAGGAUAUUGAGCGUGUGAGAUACUGUCCAAACUGCCAAGCUGAUGGUGAUGGUCUUGUGUGUGUUCACUGUGAACUAGAUGAAUUAUUUCAGGUCUAUGAGGCCAGGCUCUUUCGUCUUAGCAAAGGACACAAUGGAGGGACCAAUUUUACAUCUGUUGAGGAGGCUGUAGACCUGCAAAAGAAGAAGUCUGCUCUGAACCGUUUCUAUUGGACUUUGUCACGUGCUGAUAAAAAUUCAAGUUCAUCGAGUGUCAACUAUGAAGAUAAUGGUGGGAAGAGGGAUGUUGGGGAAAAAGUAGUGGUAUCAAGAUCUCCCUCUGAAUUGGAAGUUGCCCUUGGGAUUAUAAAAGGUUUCUCCAGGACUUUAUUAGGUCGAGAUGGAAUGGUAGCAGCCUCCAAACAGCUACUUCUUCUUGAGAAUUUUUACUUGGGAAAGGGAAUGCGGAAAGAAUAUGCACAGUCAAGGUCUUUGGCAAUUACUCAAGCUCAAGUUCUGCGUGCUCAUGAUGAAAUAAAGAUGGCAACCUCACGAUUGCGUUUACAAGAGGAUGAGGAUGAUAAAUCUAUUGAUGUGUUAAGCCCAGGAGAACUGGAUGCAGCUAGUGUUGAAAAUUCUAGUGAUAAGUUCUUAGCCUUGACUUCAUUAUCCCGCAUAAAAGGACAACUGCGUUAUCUCAAGGGUUUGGUACAAUCUAAACAAAAAUUGCAACUAGAGAAUCCAAAUGAUUCAUCGUUAACUGAAGUUGCAGCUGCCUCUUCCACUUCUUCUUCAGAAAUGGAAAACAGUUGUGUUGUGAAAGCUGAUGAAGAAGCAUGCCCAGUUUGUCAAGAAAAGCUCAACAAGCAAAAGAUGGUUUUUCAAUGUGGGCAUGUUACUUGCUGUAAAUGUUUCUUUGCAAUGACAGAGGGAUCACCUGUUCAUCAUGGAAAGACUCAUGCUAAAUGGGUGAUGUGCCCAACAUGCCGACAACAUACUGACUAUGGAAAUAUCGCUUUUGCUGAUGAUGGACAGAAUAGAUCAGAUAGUUCUUUCCAGGGUCGUGAGAACUCUGAACUGGGUCAUGAGAACUCUGAAGCUUCUAUUACUGUUCAUGGUUCGUAUGGAACAAAGAUUGAAGCCAUUACAAGGAGAAUCCGCUGGAUCAGUUCUACCAAUCCAGAAGCAAAACUUCUUGUGUUCUCCAGUUGGAAUGAUGUCCUCGAUGUGUUGGAACAUGCCUUCACUGCAAACGAUAUAAGUUAUAUCAGGAUGAAAGGAGGCAGGAAAGCACAAUAUGCCAUCAGCCUCUUCAAAGGACAGAUAAGCGGCGGAAAACAAAGAGCGGAGACUAAUAAGAUGCAAAAAGAAACCAAAUCUAUUCAAGUAUUACUGCUUUUAGUUCAACAUGGAGCCAAUGGUCUCAAUCUUUUAGAGGCUCAGCAUGUUAUUCUUGUAGAGCCAUUACUCAACCCAGCAGCAGAAGCACAAGCCAUUGGCCGGGUCCACCGAAUUGGACAGGAGAAGAGGACACUUGUUCAUCGCUUCAUAGUGAAAAAUACAGUUGAAGAAAGCAUAUAUAAACUGAACAGAAGCAGGAGUACAAGUUCAUUCAUCAGCGGAAACAAGAAGAAUCAGGAUCAACCUGUUUUGACGCUUAAAGACGUAGAGUCGCUGCUAUUCACAACCAAACCACCUAUCGUGUCAGAAAGUGAUGAGAGGCCAAGUGAAAGCCUAAUGCAUUUGCCACCUUCUGUGGCCGCCGUUAUGGCUGCUGAGAGAAGGCUAAAGGAGCACGCAGAAAAGUCAAGUUGAUCCUUGUGCUACGAUUUCUGCUGCCAUUUUUGUAAAGAUUUCAGAGCAUGUAGGGUUUCCAUUUCGAAUAGGAGGUUGGUCGUUGGCAUGAUUGAGGCAGUCAUCGAAAUGAUUGUUAGAAAUUGGAGCACAUUGAACUGCAACGUUCGGCUACACUAAUGGGCAAUGUGGAACAAAAUGUAGUUUGACUUGUACAUAAGUUCAGUUCAUUGGUUAUUCUUCAAACUCUGUGUCUCAAAUGCUAUUUUUUUAUUACUCAUUUUUUGGGAUCAAUAAACCGAUUCAUUCUAAGUCA